GAGAGGCCAAGGGGGCGUGGCGUGGGGCGACGUGGGAAACGUAGUCCCGCAACUCCGCAAUGUCCCUAGCAACCGAGGGAAGGAUCGUUUUCUGAGGGAUCAGUCGUCUGGUAAACAAAUGUGUAUGUGUCACAGUAACCCAUUAUUGUGGCAUCUGAACUUUCCCUCUCAGAUCAGGCCAAGUAUAACAUCUUUCCAUAUAUCACACCGAGCAUCUGGUGACAUUUUAAAUGACACUUGGCAAAACAGAUCAUCUUCUUUCUCGAAAUUCUGCUCUUUACCAAACUGACUCAAUCGCCACCAAUUUUGUGGUUGUUCAUGUUAGGAGAACAUUAGAAUAAUCUUUGACCCCUCUUGUUAACACCUACAGUCUCCUGCCAACUCCUGCUGCUUCUCCCUUUGCAACUCUGUAGCCUGUUUUUUUCUACAGCCUCGGCAAAUAUCUUCUUCCUUUCUUGGACGGUUGUAACCUUGGCUUUUUGCUCUCUGCCACCCUAAUUGUUCCAACUGCUCUUUCAGCCUUUAGAGUUGCUUGAAAUUUCAUCCUGUGGCGGCCCUGUACAUAGAGUUUAGGGAACCCUUCAGAAUGUGGAGUUAGGUUCCAACCUCCCUUAACUGCCACUUUCCAGCCGCAGAGUAGUGCAGGUACUGCAAAUAAAUGGACACUCAUCAUCAAAAAUUCCCUCAUUUAUUUAUCUAUCCCUUUAUUUCCUACCGUCAGCCUCACACCAGCUUUUCCUGCUUCCCCAGCUGUAAAUCGAGAGGAGGUGACUGAUGAGAGGCCUGCAGUGGAACCAAGAUCCAGAGCACAGGGGUGUUGGAUCUCCUCCCUGCUCUGCCAGUUCUUUUCUUCUUCUUCUUCUUCUUUUUGAGAUGGAGUCUUGCUCCGUCUUCAGGCUGGAGUGCAUUGGCAGGAUCUUGGCUCACUGCAACCUCCGCCUCCCGGGUUCAAGCGAUUCUCCUGCCUCAGCCUCCCGAGUAGCUGGGACUACAGACAUGUGCCACCAUGCCCUGCUAAUUUUUGUAUUUUUAGUAGAGAUGGGGUUUCACUAUGUUUGCCAGGUUGGUCUUGAUCUCUUGACCUUGUGAUCCGCCCGCCUCGGCUUCCCAGAGUGCUGGGAUUACAGGCGUCAGCCAUCGCGCCCAGAGCCUGGGGCUUCUACCACACCCUCUGCAUUCUACCAGGUGCACAACCCAACCAGUUUCAUUUCUAGACUUAAAAAUGAUACAGCAAGGACUUGGAAAGGAUCUCUCUGGAGGGCUCCAGAGGGAAAAGAGCUGGGUUUGUUUGUUUGUUUUUAACAUUAAUUGAGUAAUACAUGCAAAUAUCGUGCUCUUUGGUCCUGCUUCUGUGGAUCCAGAGCAAAGGACUGCCAUACCAAGAGAGAGAGCCCAGAUCCAACAAGCUGCUUCGGUCCAGCCCUCCUCCUCCCUACUUAGCAAGGGCGCUUGCUCUUCCCUAUUCUCACCAGAGAGGCACAAGCGCUCCGUCCCUUCUAGAGGCAGGCAGAGGGAAGAGAAAGGGUCUGUUGUUUUUCUCUCCUGUUUCUCGCUCCCUCUCUGCUGAUCACAAAGCUGCUGACCGGGUCAGAAAGUCCUGAUGGAAAUCCACCAGCGCUGGGCAGGCCCCUCCUCCUCCAGGGAGCUUGUCCUUGCCUAAUUUUUCUUCGUCCUGAUGAGAACAAAAAAGAGAGAGAGAAGAAAAGAAAAACCACAAACUUCCUUUGAAAACCAGCUUGUAGUCAGGGCCUGGAGCGCAUGCCAUAGACUCGGCGACUCAGGAAUCCUGAAGAUUCUCUGAGCGACCUGGAGCGCCUUGGCUGCGUCCCUGCCUGCCUUCACCCUCCUCCAGUGCCCCCAGUACUGGGCGUGAGUCCGGAAGUGGCCACAACCCAGCCUGGACCGUCGCUUAUAAAGCUGUGUAAACCUGUAUAAGCUCAGGCGUUGACAGCUGGAAGGCAGCUGGCACUGGCAGCCCCCUUCAUUGCACCUAUCUCCCCCAUCUCAUUGCCACGGCUGAACCCUCCUUCUCAAUCUUGGAACAGCACCCACUUCUUUAAGGGAAGCUGACUCCACCCAUGUGUUCAAUCCCACCAGUCUUCCCUCCCAAGUCUGGAAGCCCCACGACCUCUUGGUCUCAUCUGGUCACAGCUAGUUAGAGGUGGAAAGAGCUCAGCACAGAAGGGCCCUUCUGUUUACACAUAUACUGCCCAUAGCCAGGAGUUACUGCACAAACACUAGCCAGCCUUCUAUACUACAUUCCUUUUCCAAGACUUUUCUGGGUUAGUUUGCUUUCCAGCCCACUGAUUUCCUUCUUAUUGGACAGGUCACUCUUUUGCAUCCCAAGCCUGGCUUAGGCAAGUCCCUGAGGUUAGUAAACACCUUCAGUGCCCCUCAGCCGAGUCCCUUUUGACCAUGGAAUACCAUCAGCCUGAGGAUCCAGCCCCUGGUAAGGCCGGGACUGCAGAAGCAGUCAUCCCUGAAAACCAUGAGGUUCUGGCAGGCCCAGAUGAGCACCCUCAGGACACAGAUGCAAGAGAUGCUGAUGGGGAGGCUGGAGAACGGGAGCCAGCAGACCAAGCUUUGCUGCCUAGCCAGUGUGGGGACAACCUUGAGUCCCCUCUGCCUGAAGCUAGCUCAGCUCCACCGGGGCCAACCCUUGGGACACUGCCUGAAGUAGAGACAAUAAGGGCAUGCUCCACGCCCCAGGAGCUUCCUCAGUCCCCCAGGACCCAACAGCCUGAGCCAGAUUUCUACUGUGUCAAGUGGAUCCCUUGGAAAGGAGAACGGACACCCAUCAUCACCCAGAGCACUAACGGCCCUUGCCCUCUCCUUGCCAUCAUGAACAUCCUCUUUCUUCAGUGGAAGGUGAAGCUCCCCCCGCAGAAGGAAGUGAUCACAUCGGAUGAGCUCAUGGCCCAUCUUGGAAACUGCCUCCUGUCCAUCAAGCCCCAGGAGAAGUCAGAGGGACUUCAGCUUAAUUUUCAGCAGAGUCCUGAGGCUGUGCGUGCAGUUGGGAAACUGAGUUACAACCAGCUGGUGGAGAGGAUCAUCACCUGCAAACACUCCAGUGACACCAACCUCGUGACAGAAGGCCUGAUUGCAGAGCAGUUCCUGGAGACCACCGCGGCCCAGCUGACCUACCACGGACUGUGUGAGCUGACAGCAGCUGCUAAGGAGGGUGAACUUAGCGUCUUUUUCCGAAACAACCACUUUAGCACCAUGACUAAGCAUAAGAGUCACUUAUACCUACUGGUCACUGACCAGGGCUUUCUACAGGAGGAGCAAGUCGUAUGGGAGAGCCUGCACAAUGUGGAUGGAGACAGCUGCUUUUGUGACUCUGACUUUCACCUGAGUCAUUCCCUGGGCAAGGGGCCUGCAGCAGAAGGUGGGAGUGGCUCCCCAGAAAAGCAGCUGCAGGUAGACCAGGACUACCUGAUUGCUCUGUCCCUGCAGCAGCAGCAGCCACGAGGCCCGCUGGGGCUUACCGACUUGGAGCUGGCCCAACAGCUUCAGCAAGAGGAGUAUCAACAGCAGCAGGCAGCGCAGCCAGUGCGGAUGCGGGCGCGGGUCCUGUCACCGCAGGGGAGAGGAGCCACAUCUGGACGCCCAGUCGGGGAGCGUCGGCAGAGGCCGAAGCACGAGUCAGACUGCAUUCUGCUGUAGCUCUGCCCCAGUGCCAGGCUGGCCUGCCCCUUCUUCCAGAGGCUAUGGCUAGUUGGCUUGCUCCCCUGCCUCCACCCCUGAGAGGUGCUGGAUAACUUAUUUAUGGACUGUUGGGGAUGAGAGCAGGCAACAAAUGCCAAGGUCAGACUUGGUAAUGUCCUUGACCUCACGUGCUGCUGCCUUCUCUGCCUCCCACCCAGGGCAACACUAGGAUUGGUGGGUUUCUGGUUCUCAACUCCUGGUCCCUGAAUAGUCACACGUAUGUACAGACUGAGGCUCUGGGGUGAGGUCCCUAUCCAGAAUGCAUCUCUUCUUCCCAUCCCUGCUGCCUGGAUGCUCCUGAUCACCUAGGCAGGCCUGUCUCCAGUUGUUUCAGAGCUUAAUUUGGGUUUCUAUCUCUUAUUUGUAAUGCCUUCCUGGGGUUUGGAAAUAAAACUUCUGGCCGGGCA